AUGGACGACAUUCACCCCCCUCGAGCUCCCUCACCCACGCCGCCCGGCCUCACCAGCCUCCCGACCAGCGUCCUCGUCCGCAUAUGCGACCAUCUACCAGGGCGAGAGGUCUGGCACCUCCGCACGAGCUGCAAGGCCUUGCGUGCGCUGCUCGCCCCCAUUUUCCUGAAAGAGCACCGCCGCGUGUACAUCAUGGCUAAUGCCAAGGGGCUCGACUUCCUCGCUGCUGUCGCAGCCGGACCCCACGCGAAGCACGUCCGGCUUGUCGUCAUUUCGACAUGGGUCUCCGACCCUAUCUACAUACGGAGUCAAGAACAGCGUUCAUUCAUCGGUCUAGGCUCGCCUUCUAUCACCCCCGUCGUCGAGGACGUCCAACCUGGCCUGGACGUGCCGUUUAUACGCCAGCUGGCCGCUGCCUUCAGCCGUCUUCCCGGUCUGGAAAUGGUCAAGAUGACGGAUUACGUUUGGGGACAGAAUCCAGAUGGAACACAUUUACCCUACGAUGACCCAGGAGGUGUCGACACCGCGUCGGCCAUUUUCCGCGGCCUCAUCCUCGCUCUUGCACACGCACAUUCAGCAGAUACCCUCGCGAGAAAACUCAAAGUGGCAGAUUGCAAGGCCUUCAGCGACAGGGCAUUGGUACUAAGCGCGGCCGAGCGCCUGGUCGCUGCCCCGUUCCUCGGCCAACUCGAAGCGCUCGACUUCGAGUUCUACUAUUCUGGAUCUGCGGACUCUGAAGUGUUCAGCUCCUUCAUCAGCCUGUGCACCGGGCUCGUCGACCUCCGCCUGACCCUGGCCCGCGCUUCGGACCGUGGUUGGGUCAGUAGCUUGCGACUGAGGCUUCCGGAGGGACCUGUCGCAUUACCAUGCCUCAAGGUACUACAGUUGAGGUCUCUCAUACUGCCGGCGGACGAUCUGAUCCGGUUCUUAUCCCAAUGCCGCCUGCGAGAAGUCGAUCUCAACGAAGUCUGUCUCACGGCGCACAGACAACUCCUCGACAGGUAUCGCAACAAGUGCGAGAAGUGGAUUGGCCACCCCGCGUUGUGGGACGCAGUCCUGCGGGCAAUGUCCAACCACUGCGAACGGCAGACACGCGUAUUGAGGCUUUCCCGGCUCAGUGAGACCAUGGUCAGCGGUAACCUCCAGUUUGUGGUGGACAAUGGUGCGACGAUGUCUCUCAUAGUGAGGGCCGAUGAGACUGGCGCCGCCUUCCCCACUACCCCCGUCAACGCAUACAGUGUCGCAACGGAAACCGACAAAGAGGACGUAUACAUCCGAGCUGCUGAGGCAAUCAAAACACCUCCCCGUUCAAUACCGUGGCCCCCGGAUGAGCCAACGACGGAACCCCCUCUGGCACAUCUGCCCACCGAGAUUCUCCAUGUCAUCUGCGGCUUCCUUGACGUAAAAACGGUCGGCAACAUGCGCAGAUGCUGCCUGUCGCUUGACACCGCUCUGAUUCCAUGUUUCGGCCGCUACCUCUCCACCGUUACGAUUGUCCCGACUGAAGCUGGUGUCGACAGGCUAGGAGACAUUGCUUCCUCCCCAUUUGGCCCUUACGUCCGUCAUGUCGUCGUCACUGGGCAUGUCUCUCAGGGCGAAUACUAUCCCACAGGUGUGGAACAUCGCAUCUUCCUAGGGUUGGAUGCCGACGAGGAAGCUGGAAGCGAUGACGGCGAGUCGGAUGGCGACAGCGAGUCGGAUGGCGACGGCGAGUCGGAUGGCGACAGCGAGUCGGCAGGCGACAGCGAGUGGGAUGGCGACGAGCAGGAGCUCAACAACGGUUUCGACAGCCCUUUCGCGCGACAGCUCGGAAUGAUGCUCAGUGCCCUCCCGGAACUACAGGUCGUCAGCCUCGGAGCAGAACGUGACACCAGUACAUGGGACUCAGACCUCGGGCAAUACCGUAUCCAUCCCGGACGUCGAAGGAGGCCGCCUGACGAAUACAUCUGGGUGGCCAGUGUUCUGUGA